UUCAGCAUUUAAACGAUGCUUUCCAGAUGAAAUAAUCGUUAACAGACAUCUCAUCUAACAGACCGUAGCGCGUCUGUAUGUAACGUGCUGUUAAAAUAGCCUCCGCGUAUCUGAGUGGUCUGUUUCGACGAGGACCGGAAUGAUUCACUCUCAUUACACCAAAUACCGAAUGCGUUUGACAGGAUGCCAGGUUUAGUUAACGGUUCAGCUGUCGACGACCAUGACCAAGCCUUAACUGAAGCUCUGGAGCAAUUCUGCAACUCCCCAGAGCAAACAUAUGAGCAAUUCCUAUCCACCUUCACGUACUUGACCCCAGAAAAUGUGAGGAAUCUUGGAUUGACUGCUCCUAGAGGACAUGGAGACCUGUCCCAGAGAGAGAUGGACAGCAGCCGACGGCGACAAAGAGAGGAUGAAGUGACAGAGAUGGAGGAAAGCACAUACCGAUGGAUGGGACAGGCAAAUCACUGCUCACCGACUGCUGAUCAGGAAGAGGUGCUGCUGGAUGGCGGUUGUGUUGGAGGAAGACUGGGCUGCCCAUCAAACGCUGUUCCAGACAGACCCGUGAAGUUCGAUAAUUAUCUGGGUGAUUCGGAGGAUGAAGAGGAAAAUGCAGACAUUGCAGGCGCAUGUAUGCUACCAGGUGAGAUUGAAGAAGAUCUGAUAGCUGUCUCUUCUUCAUCGCUCUGUCACCACACACUGCUGGAGAUCUCCUCUACUUUCACAGACCAGAGGACACACACUGCAGCUGAGAACCAGGAUGAAAGCGAGAAGGUUGUUCCUUUCCAUCUGGAUGAGAACUUUGAUUACGAUAACAUUGUGCCGUCUCGCAAAUAUGCCAUCCAGGAACAGAACGGCAGACCAUCUUGAGCCGUAAUUGAACGUAAUUCUGGCAAAUGCUUUUAAAAACUCUGAUUUAACAGAGUAAAGUCCUUGUUAACGUGAUAGAAUGGUUUUUAUUUCGCCAAAGAACUAGAGGGAAGACAGAUUGGCUGUUUGAGUGGUAAUUCUGCAGUUUGUAGCAUCUGUACUACUCAAUAAAGUAUGAUAGUGUCUCUGUUUUCAAAGACACAAUCAAAUUUAAUACACUCAGUCCAGUUUUACAUUUCGCUGAAAAUUAGAGGAAGAAACCAGAAAAAUAGGAAUGAAACCAUUUUUUUUCAUAAAAUGACUUCUGUGAGAAGACAUGAUUCUAUAAAAGAUUUUUCAAAGCAAAGUAAACAGUCCAUUUUAAUUUUAUUUUGACUUUAAAAAGUACUUUCAUUUACACAACCAAAUAAUCUGUAUUUGUCUUGUAGUCCAAGUCAAAUGUCCUUAUGAUUAUUAAAUGUUACUGUUAUUUUACAACUAGCUUAGACGUUUUAUUUUUCUGACUCAACAGCUCAAAUUGGUGACCUGUGGUGUAGCUCUUUUUCUUACGUACUUGGAAAAGUAAUUAAUUGCACAUUCUGUCUCACUGCGUUUUAUUCAGUGGAACAAAAUGCUCAGGGACGUUUUUUUCUGUUCUCUGUAAAAACCUCAUAACCUGAAUAAAAGGCCAAAACAUGGUGGUCUUUGAAAAGAA